AAUGCGGCUCCAUGGACUCUGCUCUGCUGCGCGCUCGCCUCACGCAUGCUGAAGACCCCGGUUACGUAAUGCAGUUUUUUAUUUUUUAUGAAUGACCCUGCAUUAAGAGACCGGCUCACACAACGGUUCCCGACGUCCUACCCCCCAACCCGGUGGAUUUGACUUGAUCUCCGCAGCGCCAUUCAAUGCAACGGAAUGGGAGUCGGAUGAUGUGGAAGCCGGAUCCAUCCUUGAGGGAGAAGGGAUGACAGGAGGGACCGGAGCCCGAUGCGGGACUCGGGGCCAGCAUGACCUACAUACCUCAGAGCUGAAGAGACGCGUCUCCAGGACCGAGCUGCUGGUGCGCUGCUCGCCCUUUGCACCACAAGGAUAAGUGACCUUCACUUGCGUUUACCGGACGCAGAACUAUGCACAAGCCAAGGGAAUAUGCAUCAGACCGAACCGACUGAAUCACCCGUGCGGGACAUGUCCUAAGGCAAAAUAAGUGCCAUGUCCUAAUAUAUGCGGAGACAGACGCAAUAAGCUUUUCGCGUGUUUUUUUUUUUUUCUUCCGUGACACUCUGGGGUCAAAGAGGAAACUAUAAGGUAAAUCAAUUAUGCAGGUGUCCCGAGGCUUCUGGACACCCGUCUCAAAUUCUGCUGCGAGAAUACACAGCGGCUCGGCUCUUUAACCUUUGGCCUACAACUGACGAGGUCGGCCAGGAGCAAAGGUCCCCGAGAAGAGCAGGGCUGACAGGGAGGAAGCUAGAUUUCCAAACAUGCUGUGAACUGUGGUCGGCAAUAAAGUCGAGAGCCAAGCAAUAAAGACUGAAAUACUGUGCCAGAAAGUCAGAAGCUGAUUUUUUUUCGGGGGCUGUUAACAACACAAACGUUCGCAAUCAUGCUUCUGAACUGUGGUCAGCCAUUACCUCUCCUGAGGCACACCGAUGUGCCGCCUCGGGUCAUCGAGAACUUCAUCCUGACCGGCUACCGCUUCCCAAACUACAGCCUGAGGGAUUGCUUACUCUCAGCAUUCAGGCCGACUAAUGAAACGGGCAACUUCUGGACCCACUUCCUGCCAGUCUUUGUCUUUUCUUACUAUUUUGUGGAUGUUUUUGGCUGGGAAGGCGCACCACCCCCUGAUGCUCCGUUCUUCUAUCCCCUGUGGAACUACUUUAUCGGCGUGUUCUGUCUCCUGAUCGCUAGCAGCAUGGCCCACCUGCUCAACUCCAUGUCUCUGGUGGUCAGAGAAGUCUGCUUCUUUGUGGAUUACGGCACAAUCAGUGCGUACACAGUGGGCUCAUCGCUGGCGUACUACUACUACAUCCACCCUCGGGCAGGGAUAGUGGAGACGGGAGGCCAUAAUAGUUCCCACAUGGACCUGAUUCAUGAACCAGCAGGGACCUUUUUUUCCUCCUAUGCAAUCCCAGAUUUCAGUGUAUUCUUUGACACCCUCUACAUCCCCUGCGCAUGUGUCGUAGCAAUCUUUUGUGUCUUGUCGUGCUGCAACACUCGCCAUAGGUGGCGAAAGCAUCGAUAUGUCAUCCGGACCUUUGUCUUCCUCCUCCCAUUCCUUGUCUCUUCUACACCGAUCUUCUAUCGCCUCCUCACCCGCUCGCCUUAUUCCGCCGCCUCCUCCUCGUUCGCUGCCUCCACUUCCAUGCCCAGCUUAUUCUAUCGCCACUGCCUCUGGCUGCUGGUGUCGGCCAUCUUCAACAUUAGCAAGUUCCCGGAGCGGCUGGCCCCGGGUCGCUUUGAUAUCUGGGGGCACAGCCACCAGUGGUUCCACUGCUGCACGUUUCUGUCCAUCCUGGACGAGCUGCACAUGAUCAAGACGGAGGUGAGGGCCAUCCUGCUCAGCCCCUCCCUGCUGCUGCCCCCUGCCACCCUCUCCCCCCUACCUGGCCCAACCAUAGCUAGCACUUACGGGGUGAUGCUCCUCCUGCAGACCACCAUCAUCUCCAUCAUCGUGUGGUUCUCCUGGUGCGCCAACAGCAUCUACGGACCUGAGAGGGACCAGCUAGCUGAGGAGCAGGUCAAGAAACGCCUGAAAUGCCACUGAUCUCACAGAUGUCUUUUAAAUCAUGUCGGAUGAGGUCGAAUAUUUGCACAUGAAUACAGAGCCAUGCCACUAGCAGAUACGCACAAGUCAAACAAUUUCCCCCCCUCUCUUGAGAAAUGUUUGAGCUUUCAUGAGGGGAAACUGGGGAGAUGAGAGGAUUAUAUUCUGAGCCCAUCACAAGGGAGGCUGUCUGGUUGAGUGCAUAUUGAAGGAAGUUGCCAGCUCUCUCCCCUGAUCUGCUCCAGCAUGUUCCAACAGGAUGUCUAAGCAGUGGAUAUAAUAACUACCUCUCAGGGCUGCAUACUCGAGGACAGAGGAAAGGUGGUGGUACCCAGGAGGACGUCCCACAUAACAUUUGGGUAAUGUGGCGUCAAAGUCGGCACGUGCAUUCGCGGAAGUUGUCCGUGAGUGUCCUGUCACGUCCUUCCUCCUGUUGCACUUCCCCCCUCCCUCUGACCUAAAAUGGUAUCUUUUUGAAAAUCCUCUGAGCCCAUUGUUUCCCAUUGAAUGAAUCAUUUUGUCAGAGCAUUGUUAAACGGAACCUUCCCUUCCUCUGAUCUAAUUACACAGUCUCACUUCCUCCCUCUUUUCCCUUGUGACCCUUGCAGCAGGAAGUGCGGCAGCCUUGCAGACGUAACAGAAAUAGCAGAGAGCUCGUAUCAGCGGUAGAGUUAAGCACUUUUCAGGGUUCUGCCCUGUCAUUAAGAAGCCAUGCUCAGUUUCUGCCCUUAAGGGAUGCUUUCAACUUGCUCAAGCAUAGGGGGAUGUUGUGCUGACAUGUCGGACCUGCUGUUCAGAUUAAAUGUGAUAUGAAUCUGCUGUUUUCUAAAUGGUAGGAGAAGCCUAUUGACUUCACUGGAGCACAUGUAGGGGAAAUCGAUCAUUGAUAAAUGGUUUGAAGCAGCAGUUCCAGUGUGAAUGCCUUCAUUGUGUACAUCACAUGGGGACUUUUCAUGUCAUGUGACGUACAGCAGCCUCUCAGAGCAUAAGCCAUACUCUAGAAUAAAAUAAUGGCAAUACUGUAGUUGUAUAAUGUCCCCAGGAACUUCCCUGGAUAGAGAUUUGCACUCAACAGAUGGUUCACUUUGCGGUUUGUACCUCUUGUGUAUCAGCAUCAGUUUAAAAAAAAAAGAUAAAAAUACUGUCCCAGGCAACCUGUGAGGGUCAUUUAACUGUAAGGCGCUUCUUAAGCAUCCCCCCCCCAUUCCAACCACGAAAGAUGGUCUCAUGUUGUCUAAAAUUGUAUAAGCACAUGAUAAAGCAAUUCAAACCUGUUUCUCAAGCUACGCUCUUAUUUCCCUCAUUAAUCUAAACAAAGAGAAGAGUUAUAGAGUUGCACGUAAAGAGUUGCGUAACUUUGAACAAUAAAUACAAAUGUCUAUCAAUUUAAAUCAGCAUUACUUUUUAUGUCUAUACUUUAUCCCCACCCAAAACAGUUUUUUUUAUUGUGACAUGUUGGACUAUUUUUAGAUGCACAUGCACAUAGAAGUGCUGUAGUUGAAUGACCUCCUGGAUGAUUCGGUGAUUGUUGCAUAUUUAGGAUUUCACUGAUGCUAGUGUGAUACACAGGAGUCACAAUCGUGGGCUUUGAUUUGACCAUGCAAAUUGGAAUGCCUCUCGCACGCUCUAUUAUCCAACCUUUAAACGCAUGAAGCAAGGUUUGCCUUAUUAUAAGCAACGAUCUCGGUGCUGCUGACUCACACCCUGCUUGCACCAAGGUUAGAAACCAACACUUGUUGAAACACCCGUGCUGACGUCUGCUUUUCUUUUCCUUCCUCUUUGAUUCUUCAAUUCUGCUGCUUGACCUAAACUGUGCAGGCCCAUUAUUUGGGUGGCUAGCUAUUAAUCCAAUAUAUUGAGAUAUUCUCUUUUACGCUCUGUGACCGCUCCAAUGGUCUGAGUCAAUAUUUGUGUUUUAGGUAGAUUUGUAAUUUUAUGAAAAAAGGGCAAAUGUGUCAUGUUUGCCAAGUAGACUAAUGGUCAGUCAUUUCCAGAUGAGAAGAAAACAAGGUAUAUUAUGUAUGUAGUGCAGACUUAUGUGAGUUAUGGGCAUUAUGAGGUCCCCAGCAUUCACUGAUUAAUUUACUGUAGUUUGAUUUAACAGUUUGUGCUCACUGCCACUUUUUGGCAUUUUCAUUUCUGCUGUGUCACAUUUAAGCUGUUUUCAGACGUGAACUCCGGAGACAGUCAAAUUGUCGUGACUCUGCUUAAGUGGUUUAUUCCGGGGCCUUUCCUGACAUUUGUGGGCCCCAGACAUUGUAUUUCACUAUCUUUUAACUGUCUUGCAUGUACUUCAUAGUCGUCCUCAGACACCUCGUACCUCGUACUCCCUCCUCGAUCAGGGAAUCCUGCGGAAGAUCUACUGCUGUGUUCUGACAUGGGCUGAGUUUUCACCUGGGGGGGCUGGUUGGAGAUAAUUCCAGAGAAAGUCUAAACGCCCCAACUCAGACAUCUGCACUCUCAUAUACCCCCCCCCCCCCCCCCCCCCGGUAGAGAUUCUCCGGAGUUCACUGAAUGUCUGAAAGCAGCUUUACCUGCCGUAUUAAGUUUAUUCUUUCAACUCAACCAUAAUUCAAUUUGACAAACGACCUCGCCUGUUGAGGUUAGUGAAGCUACGUGAAGAGGGGACAGGAUUUCAGUUGACGAUUCUAGAACUGGUUUUCCUUUGUUCAGCAUUUAUGUGGGCACUGUGUAAAUGGAGAAUGACCUUCAGUGCUCACAUGAAGAUAAAUCUUUCUCUUAGAACUUCAAUCGGAAGGGAUUGCUUCUACGUCACACUUUAACUUGAACCGUUGUCGAUAAGUCAUGUUUGUCGAUGUCUAAUUUCAGAAACAUCACGAUUGUUCGUUCUGCUCAUAUCUGCCCACCCACUGGUGUUUCAUACACGUACACUUGCACAAGAGACAGUGGUGAGAAGUGGAAGCUGAGUUGUGUGGUAUGCACGACACUGGAAUGAGAACACGGGGGCCGUAUCGAGCGGUUGUAAUAAUCAUGCUGUUAUGAUGCACUUUAAAGAUUCUUCUAUGUCCUCAACAUGUUCCUUUUAAGGGAGUACUGUAUUAUUUCAGAGGUUCACCAGAUACAGACGCAUCCGGUGUGAACGCGAUGUUUCUACCUCAAUACAAUAUUUGUUUUGUCACUGAGAAGAACCAUCAUUGAAACAGACUGUGGCGGCCAGACUUGAACUGUCGUUGUUGAAGAGUGUUCAGUAUGUGACUGUUAGACUUACAGGCUGCUGUAUCUUUCCAAGGGAAGCACUCAGGUGUGACUGAAGAACGACACUUAUACAUUAAUUACAUGCACUGGAAUUAUGAAUUACUAGAGGUGGAGGUACAUGUACUGUGUCUGUUCAUUCAGAAAAAAAGAGAAAACCCUCCUCUAUUAGCUUAAUAAAUGUAAAUGUCACUAAUAUAUGGAUUGUUAGAGUUCUAUUGAAUAAAUUAUGCAGAUAACUGUUA